AUGUUACAACUUACAAUUCAUAUUAAAAAAAGGUCACAUUUAAUUCAACCUUCGUCUCAACACAGUUCCUUCGAUCCAGUUACUACUAAACAACGCUCAAAGACCGAAGAAGAGAAGGACGAGCAGUGCAUUAAAAACCUAACAAUCUGCAAGCAACAUUCGGCGAUAUCAAUGCCGACAGAAACGACGAGUAACAGCACAGCAAGACUCCUCGUACAAUCCUGUGAGCAACCAUUCUGGGCAUCGCCACGCAUUUCUUUAUACGAGUUGAGUUUCCAGUUAAGCCGGCGGAAUUCGACGACGUCCAAGCCGGGUGAGAAGACAAUCGGAAGACCACCCGUGGACUCUACCAGGUGCCCGAAGAUCGACAGAGACGUCGUCCACCACGCCCGAGGACAUCGGUCACUUACCGGGGGCACACAAGCGCAGAAAAUUUCCAUCAGGCCGGAUUUGGACUCUCGACCAAUAGAAUCCCCUUAUCCGCUCUCGGUCACUCUUUUGAGAGCCUGCCGUUCCCGGGUCCGAUUCACGUUAGCAGUCGGUAUUGACAGCAAGACACUACCUAUAUGGUCGACCCCGCUCCCUAAGUUGUAUAAACCCUCGAUUUAUAUACCUACCUGA